AUGUCGGCGCUGCAGCAGAUCAUCCUUCACCCGUACCUCAACCAGCUCCUGCGGUUCUGGUCUACGACCGUGGGCCGUGACAAGACUUACCGUACCAUCCAGUAUGCCGCUCGCUUCCUCGCCUGGUACGAGUACCGCAAGGGCGCCACCAAGGAGACGGUCGCCCGCCUCACCACGAUCAAGUCGCAGCUCGGCCUCAGCAGGAAGCUGAUGCGAGUGGGCAAGUUCCUGGAGCACUUCCAGGCGGCGCUCAAGGCGACGACGAUCCAGGAUCCGGUGGUGUCGUACGCCGCCAUUGGCCGCCAGCUCGGCUACGGCUUCUACCUGAUCCUCGACACGCUCCAGUGGCUGCACUCGUCCAAGGUCUACACGUUCUCUGCGCCGACGGCGGCGUCGAUUUCCAAGAACGCGGCGCGCUUCUGGAUGACGGGAUUGACCUUCUCGCUCCUGUCGGGCAGCUACAAGACCUACGUCCUCAACUCGCGCCUGGCCGCCGCCAAGCGCCCCAGGGCCACGGCGGAAAAGGAGGCCGAGAGAAAGGUCGAGCUGGCCCAGAUUUCGACCGAGCAGGCCGCGGUGCGCUACCAGAUGACCCAGGACGCCCUCGACUGGGUCAUCCCCGCCACGGGCGCCGAUGUCCUCGCCCUCGACGAGGGCAUCCUCGGCCUCGCCGGCUGCGUCUCGAGUCUCAUGGGCGCCAGGACCCAGUGGAGGGCCGUCAACGGUCCCGCUGGCGCCAAAAAGUAA